CCGUCAGCUGGGAAUUCUUUCCAGAAGACCCCAGAAAUGGACAGCUUCCACACAAGAUUCAGUGCCUGGACACCUUUUAAAAACAAGUCAUUAAAUGGACAGCUCUUUCAGGAAAGAGUUGCUCUUGUAAGUCACUGGUUUGACCUCUGGACUAACAAGCAACGUCAAGAAUUCCUGUGCACAAUCUUUUCACAGUGUACAAAAUCACAGUUAAGGUUUGUCCAAGACUGGUUUUCAGAAAGGAUGCAAGUAGCCAGAGUGGAUUUCUCUACAGUAUUACCACGUUUCAUUUCUCUCUAUAUUUUUUCUUUUCUGAAUCCAAAAGACCUAUGUGUAGCUGCCCAAGUCAGCUGGCCCUGGAAGUUUUUAACUGAACAGGAUUGCUUAUGGAUGCCCAAAUGUGUCAAGUUUGGAUGGUUUCUGCCCUAUACACCCACAGAGAAUGAGUAUGGAGCCUGGAAGCACCACUAUAUUGCUUGUGUUUCUAACCUGGACUGGCUGACUCCCAGAGAAGCCACAACUAUUUAUGGGACACUGAAUGAGCCUAAAACUGAAGAUGAGGAGUUGCAGGAGAGACGAAGAGAAAGGUGUUUAAGGAAAAUAAUUUGGGAAAAAAUUGAGCUGCGUAAAAAGGAGUUAUUCAAAGUGCGGCCCCCUUGGGUGAGUGGAACAUGCUGCUCUAGAUGGUUAAAAUCCAAAUGCCAGCCACGUCUCUCCCAGACUGUGAGGGCCCGAGUGCGACUCCACGAAGCCCUGCAGAAGGAGCUACUUCUGGCAUCGCUGGAAGCUUUACCCAAGCGAAGCAAUGUUUCUGGAAGCCAUUCCUAUCCUCUAUUAUCAAAGAAAAAUUGGCAGGGAGUUUACAGAGAUGACCAAGGCUCUCCAUCUGCCCUCCAGCCACACUUUAUUUUGAUAUCGUCUCGGAUUCCCGCAUACGAGAUGGUGGUGGAGAGUGUGAAGGCAGGUGUCGUUUCCGUGGUGUUUGAGCACAGUGGCAUCACUUUGGAGGGCCUGCUUUAUCUUGUGGAGAAGGCUCUGGAUGGACGGAAGGCCCAGAGCCUGGGUGUCUUCAGUGAUGGAGAUAGCAGAGAAAUCCACUUACUGCAAGGCUAUAAAAUUGGUAUUAAAAACUUGCUGAAGCCUGAAGUGAGAGACUUCUGGGAGAAAUUAGGAAGCUAUGUGGCCACUGAAGAAGAAGGCGGACAUGUAGACUUGUUCGUGCCACUUGGAGCAUCAGAGACAGGAAAUGAAGUUCUUGCUCAGCUGUCUCGGCUGACUGGCACAUUCUUUACUGCCCCCACUGGAAUUGCAACUGGCGCUUACCAACACAUUCUCAGUGAGUGGCUGGGAGCGCCAUGGGAAAGGAUGCCCCCUACCAUCUACUUCAGUGAAGCCAAGCUGCACCUAUGGGCCCACUUCGCUGACUCCCUGGAAGACACCUUGAGAGCCGUGAGGAAACAGUUAAGUCCUCUCUUGAAGGAGCUGCGGAAGAGCAUCAGUGGCAGGAUGAUCGGGCAAUUUAUGUAUGACACCAUGAGCCUGACCAACAUUGUGAACAACCAAGAAGUUGCGAGUGCUCUGACGGAGGGGCUGUUGGAGCUGUCAAAAGCAGACUCUGACAACCCUCUGGAAUUUUUAUCCUGCUUUUUGCUAAGGAAAUGUGAUAAGAAGAACAAAGAUUCUGAAGAAAAUGUCAUUCUGAGAAAACAUGACUCAAAGACAGCCUUCGAUUUAUUGAUGAAGGGUAGAGCUAUUGCAGAAGACACGUCUCAGGAUGUGGCAUCCAGUCUCAGCUCAAACAAUCUGAAUCUCGAAGUGCUACUUAAGCUGGAGAGAAAGCUCCAGAUGGACUCAGCAGAAAAGCGAAGUAGAGUUGUCCGGGAGCUCGUGCACAGUGAGAGAAGAUAUGUGCAGAUGCUGGAGGUCGUGAGAGAUGUGUACGUGAGGCCGCUGGAAGCAGCCCUGGCAUCCAACAGAGCGGUCCUGAGCGCUGCAAACCUGCAGAUCAUUUUCUCUGACAUCUUGCGAGUUUUACAUCUCAACAGGCAGUUUCUAGAUAAUCUUAGAGACAGACUGCAGGACUGGGGCCCAGCUCACGGUGUGGGGGAACUAUUCCUGAAGUUUGGAAGCCAGUUGAACACAUACAGCAAUUUCUUCAACAAUUAUCCUGUGGUUCUGAAAACCAUUGAAAAGUGCCGAGAAGCGACUCCAGCCUUCCGAGCUUUUCUGAGGCGGCACGAUAAGACGGUUGUCACCAACAUGCAGAGCCUGGCAGAGCUGCUACUGUUGCCAUCCUGGAGAUUUCAAGAGUACCUCCAGCUGCUCUAUGCACUCAGGCUGCAUACUCCUGCAGAACAUGUGGACCGCGUGCACCUGACCACUGCCAUUGACCAACUCAGAAAAUACCAGGCUUACAUAGACCAGAUGAAGCAACGUAUUCACAUGGAAGAGAGGCUGUCCGAUAUACAGAGAAUCAUCUGGGGGUGCCCCACUAUAUCGGAAGUAAGCAGGUAUCUUAUUAGGGUCCAAGAUGUAGCCCAACUUCACUGCUGUGAUGAGGAGAUAAGCUUCUCCCUAAGGCUCUACGAACAUAUCCGUGACCUCAGCCUUUUCCUCUUCAGUGACGUCCUGCUUGUGGCUAGCCGGGCCACAGCUUACACUCCAUUCGAAAGGACUUCAAAAACCACCUAUCAGUUCAUUGCAUCAGUGGCUCUUCACAGAUUGCUCAUAGAAGACAUUCCAGACUCCAAGUAUGUCAGGCAUGCCUUCAUUCUCCAAGGUCUGCAGUGGGAAUGGAUCUGUGCUACGGAGGAGGAGGAGGAGAAGGCCCUAUGGCUGUCGGUACUCCAACAUGCAAUCAGAAGCAGCAUGGACAAGUCAGACUGAACUUACAACACACGUCAGUGGUGUCAACUCUCCCUGGCAGAGA